AUGGUGCGGAUUUUGGCCAACGGCGACAUCGUACAAGACGAUGACCCUCGAGUGCGGCAGAGCACUCAGAACAGAGGAACCUCCUCUCGGCCGGUGAGGAGAAGACCUUUAUGUGGUGUUUCAGUUUUGCUGGGAAUUAUUAUAUGAGGAACUUGAAAGGCUUCAAUAUUCCUGUUGCAAAUGGAUGCUUAAUUCUGAAGUUUGGUCGAUCUGUUCAAAGAUUACCCUUUUAAGUACAUGUGCAUGUUUCCUCUAAAGUAAAUUUGCAAAAUUGAGCCAGGAUUGCUUCCAAGUAAGCAUGCACAGAAUUGCAUUUGGGCACUGUAAUCUGAACCACCUUUGUACUGAACUUGAGAUGGAGAGGGGGAGUUGGACUGGACCACAGUUCCUAACCCUGCCAGUCACUGCCCAUGUGGAGUUCCCUAUUCCAUCUGCAAAUAUGCAGGCUGUCCGGUGAGAUUCCUGAGGUGGCAGCCUGCAGAAAGACCCAAUAUGGGGUCCUCCAGGGGCAGGAAGGAGAAACUUGCUGGAUCCUGAGUCGUCCCCACUGCUGUCACUGGUGCAGCAGAUUUGCCCACCCUUCUGGCCUGACUGCCACGAUCAGCAGGGCUGUGGAUGCUGUAGGGCCUAUGUUGCUGCCUAGCCAGGGUUCACAUGGCAGCCUUAAUUGUGAAUCAUCAAUACUAAUAGGGGUUUUAGUUCUCUGAAGUCAUUGCAUAUCAAAAACAACACCAUUCUCAUCCUAGAGGGGUUAUCAACAGACUCAGGGAAACACCAAGGUUUGUAGAUGUGUGUUCAAAAGAAAAGCCUUGGGUGGGUGGGGUGGGAAAGAUUAAGGGGGGGGGGAGAGGAGGCCCAAAAACAGUUUGGUGAGUACUGAGUGUGCUCACUGGUUACAAAAUACUGACUUGAUUAUUUGGAGCAGGAGUGGGACAUUGUCAGAGGAGUUUGUCAGUCCUUUUCCACAGGCAACCCUAGAAAUUUUAGUUCUUUGAGGGAGGAACAGCAGCUCUCAGCAGCCUUGAUGAAUUACGAUUCCCAUGAUUCUUUGGGGGAAGCCAUGACUGAAAAAGCUGUAUGAUACUGCUUCAAAUGUAUAGUGCAAAUGAAACCAGGGACAGAACAUGAGGGAGGAAUGGGAGGAGGAUGGGAUAUCCUGAAAACAGGAGUAAUCCACACUGCAGCAUUUUGUUUCUGGCUCCAUUUCUGUGUAGGCGGGGAGCCUUCUUUGGCAUUUUAAGUCCAGCUGUCAUAGAUAGGAUUGCAGGCUUACUGUUUCUUAAACCAUGUUGGUUUUUUAAAAAAAUUAAGUUUUCUGGUGCAUUUUAAUGCCUUGCACUAUUUUUAAGGAUGAAGUAGAAAUUAAAAAUAUUUUUAAACAUUGUCUGUGGAAUAUGCUCACCGAAGAGGGCUGUAAGUUUUUCUGUAGUUUCCUCAUUUCUCAAAACUCUCUCUAUGGUAGUACCUGCUCUUUGGAAUCUAUGAACCACUCAAAUGGCUGCAUUUCUGGCUCUUUAUGACUUUUACUGUAUCUGUCAAACUGGAUCUGGUGCCAUGAAUUCACUCUGUUUCUCUGGGGUUCCUCCGCAGGGUUUUUUCAACAUGAACGCAGGCCCUGCUCCACAACAACACUACCGCCAACAGCAGCAGCCGCCGCCUCAGGAUGCAGCAAGGCCAGGGGAGCGCUCACUGCUUUCAGACAUCAAUCAACAGUUGGUGAACAUGGGAUUCCUCACGUGGAACCUUGGAAACCAGGUGGUGGAGCCAGUCAUGUCCAUCCUGCUGCUGCUCCUUCUCAUGAUGGUUGGCGUGCGUGGCCUACUCUUGGUGGGCCUCAUCUACGUUGUCUCUCACUUAAGCCAGCGAUGA